CUACUAACUAAAGAAGAAAAAAAGGGGGAGAAAGAGAUAAGGGAGCACAAAAGAAAAAGAAGUGAAGGGGAAGGAACUGGCAGUAGCAAAAAACGCAGGAAAAAGAAAGAAAAAACAGAAUUCUCGCCACACUGUGCAGCAGCCCCGUUUUCAGCCAGGAAUGAAGUCCAAACGAAGUCCGAUCGUGCUCAAAUUUUAGUAUGUUAUUGCUAACAUACUCCUCUUCAAAUCCAACGGUCAGAUUCUCAUUUUGAUGCCCGCAUGUCUGUUUUCUAGCUGCGUUUUCAGGCCUGCGUUUUUGGAAGUUUUUACUCCGUUUUAUGGUGAAUUGUUGAUUGUUGUUGUUCCAAGGUCGCUCCUUGAUGAUUGUGUAUGCCUCUAGUGUUUACUAGAGAGGAGAACUUGUUGUACCCACUUGGUUCUUGGUGAUUAGUGGAAGUUUGGGUGCCGUUGUUGAGCGUCCAUGGUUUUCUCCCCGAUUUGGGGUUUCCACGUAAAUCGUGUGUUCUUUAUUUUAUUUCCGUUGCUAUUUAUUUGUGGUGGUGCUGCUGUUUUUUUGGAGUAUAUUGUGCUUGUUAUUCAUCUCCUUAAUUUGGGGAAUAGAUUUUAUACGCUUCCGUUAUUUAUUGGUUGGCUUCUUGUGUUGUUUAUGAUGGAUGACAAAGUAAUUGUUCAAGGAAUGCUUAGUUUGGACUCUACGAAUUAUUCAAUUUGGAAAAUUCGUAUUGAAGAUUAUUUAUGCUCUAAAGACUUGCUUGACCCAAUUUUGUAUAAAGAACGUCCAACAGGUGUUGAUGAGAAAGCUUGGACUACCUUGAACCGGAUAGCUAUUGCAUCAAUCAGACAAUAUGUUUCUUUAAGUGUGUUGCAACAUGUUGCUAAUGAAACUAAUGCUUUUGAGAUGUGGAAGAAACUUGAAUCCAUGUACGAGAGGAACAAUGCUAUGGGAAAAGCUUCUUUGAUUAGAAAGCUUGUUAAAUUGCAAUACAAAGAUGGUGAUAGCAUUGUAGUUCACAUGAACGAGUUUCAAGGUGUGGUAAACCAACUAGCCGGAAUGAAGAUGAAGUUGGAGGAUGAACUUCAAGCUUUGUUGUUGCUUUCCUCAUUGCCCGACAGUUGGGAUACAUUGGUGGUUUCACUUAGCAACUCUGCUCCAGAUGGCAAGAUGACUAUGGAGAUGGUCAAGGCUAGUCUUUUGAAUGAAGAGGCUAGGAGGAAAGAAUUAAGUUACCCUAGCCAAGCCGAAGCAAAUGUGAUACCAGACUCUAGCACGGGGAGAAGCAAGAGCAGAAAUCCUCACCACAGAGACAAGUCUAGGGGGAGAUCCAAAUACAGAAAAAGGGAUUUCAUUUGCCAUUAUUAUCAGAAGCCGGGUCACAUUGAGAGAUUCUGCAGAAAGAAGAAGAGAGAUAUGUCCAGGGAGAGAAAAGAUAAAAAUGAGAAUUCCGAGCAGAAGCCAGAAGAGAAGAACACUAUAGCCUUGGCAUCUAGUGAUGAUGAUUUAUUUAUUAUCGGUGAUCAUGGACUAUUAAAUGUAGCCUGUGAUGACUGCACCUGGGUGAUUGAUUCUGGUGCAUCUUAUCAUAUUAUUUCACACAGGGAGUACUUCUCACCCUAUAAUAGUGGUGACUUUGGCCACGUGAGGAUGGGAAAUGAUGGUUCGUCUAAGAUCAUCGGUAUGGGUGAUGUUUGUUUAGAGACUUCCACUGAUUGCAGGUUGGUGCUCAGGGAUGUGAGGCAUGUCCCCGAUAUCAGAUUGAGUUUGAUUUCAGCUGGUGUGCUUGAUGAUGAAGGUUAUGCCAACAACUUUUGUGAUGGAAGAUGGAAACUCUCCAGUGGCAGCUUGAUUAUGGCUCGAGGUAAGAAGCAGAAUUCACUUUAUGUUAUGCAAGCCAGAGUAAGUAGCGGAGAUGCCAAUGUAGGAGAUGAUGCCUCCGGUGAUUUGUGGCAUAAGAAGCUUGGCCACAUGAGUCAAAAGGGCAUACAGAUCCUUUCCAUGAAAGAUUAUCUCCCCGACAUUUCAGGUAUGCCUUUAAACUCUUGUGUUGAUUGUUUGGCUGGAAAACAACAUAGAGUUGCAUUUCAUACUCGUCCCCCACAUAGAAGAAAGCAUGUUUUAGAUCUUGUUCAUACUGAUGUUUGCUCUAUGGAUGCUAGAUCACACCGUGGUGAUGUUCCUCAUAGAGUUUGGUCAGGGAAAGAUGUCUCCUAUAAGCAUUUGAGAGUCUUUGGUUUCAGAGCGUUUGUUCAUAUUCCCAGGGAUGAGAGAUCUAAGCUUGAUAAGAAGACGAAAGAGUGCAUAUUUUUGGGGUAUUCAGAGGACGAGUUUGGAUACAGACUAUGGGAUCCACGUGAUAGGAAAGUGAUCAGAAGCAGAGAUGUGGUUUUCUUUGAAGAUCAGGCUAUUGAAGAUUGUGAGAAGAAGCAGGCAAAUCCUUCUCCAUGCAUCACAGUUGAUCCAGUUCCAUCUCUUCCUCAUGCUGUAGUCCCUCAAGAUCAUGGGGGAGAUACGCAUGAUCAUACAGUUGAGUCCCCUGCAGAUGACCAUCAUGAUGAUGAUAAUCAUGAUGAUGGUGGUGAUGGUGUUCCAGAGUCACAAACACACUCAGAGCCGCCUCCAGCACCUCAGUUGAGAAGAUCCACCAGAGUCAGAAAACCUUCCACGAUACUUUUGGAGGAUGAUUUUGUGUUAGUCACUGAUGGAGGAGAGCCAGAGACAUAUGAUGAGGCUAUGUCACAUGUGCACCGCGAGAAGUGGUACGAUGCCAUUCAAGAUGAGAUGACGUCCUUUCAUGAGAACCACACAUAUGAACUUGUAGUGUUGCCUAAAGGCCAGAGAGCACUCAAGAACAAGUGGGUAUACAGACUGAAAGAAGAUAUCAUUGGAUUCGAGAAGCCGUGGAGGACAAGUCUUUUGAACUUGUGAAGAUUCACACAAGUGAGAAUUGCUCGAAUUUGUUGACCAAGACAUUGCCGAAGGAGAAACUCGUGUUUUGUCGAGAGAAGGCCGGUUUGUUUGCUCACUCCAGUAGCAAAAAAACGCAGGAAAAAAAGAAAAAACAGAAUUCUCGCCACACUGUGCAGCAGCCCCGUUUUCAGCCCGAAUCGAAAUCCAAACGAAGUCCGAUCGUGCUCAAAUUUUAGUAUGUUGUUCCUCACAUACUCCUCUUCAAAUCCAACGGUCAGAUUCUCAUUUUGAUGCCCGGAAGUCUGUUUUCUAGCUGCGUUUCCAGGCCUGCGUUUUUGGGAGUUUUUACUCCAUUUUAUGGUGAAUUGUUGAUUGUUGUUGUUUCAAGGUUGCUCCUUGAUGAUUGUGUAUGCCUCUAGUGUUUACUAGAGAGGAGAACUUGUUGUACCCACUUGGUUCUUGGUGAUUAGUGGAAGUUUGGGUGCCGUUGUUGAGCGGCCGUGGUUUUCUCCCCGAUUUGGGGUUUCCACGUAAAUUGUGUGUUCUUUACUGUAUUUCCAUUGCUAUUUAUUAGUGGUGGUGCUGCUAUUUUUUUGGAGUAUGUUGUGCUUUUUAUUCAUCUCAUUAAUUUGGGAAAAAGAUUUUAUACGCUUCCGUUGUGUUUUGUUCCGUGCUUCCCCAACAAGGUUGUGUCCUAUACCAAAAUAGUUACACCUCACUGGAUUAUACUUAAGUGCAUUAAUACGUACCAACUGGAUUUUUAAAUGCGCAGGAAUGAUGUAAUGGAGGAUAGAUUUAGUGUGUUGAUAAUGUUGGUGAAUCAAUUAGCUGCAGAUGGAUUCUAUUGUAAUUAUACAAUGGUAGAAGAUUUAAGCAGACAGAUGUAUUGAUUACUCUUAAAGAGUUACUUUGCUCUAUCAAUUUGUGUUGUAUUAAUAUUCAUGCUAUUUUGACUACCUGGCGAGAGGUUUGCCACAUUUAUUUUACUCAAUAAGUGUAAUGCACACCUCCGCUGGGUUAUACUGAAUUGCCCACUUGUCCAGUUUGUCUUGGUUAGUAGAUUUGGAUUUUGCUAUUAAUAUGUAAACCCUGAUGAGUUUGUUUAGUAAUACUCAAUUCUCAUUGCAAUCUAAACUUACAGAAAGACUGGACCAAGAGACAAGUGGUAUACAGACUACAUUUUGCGACCAAUCAUUUCAAUGUUCUUGUGUUUCAAAAUCCAGCAGAUUCAUCCACAUUUAUAUGAGGCAUUAAUGGAGGUGCAAUAGAUGCUAAAAUAGGCAUAUAAAUUCCGGGAUACCAAAUUGAAGAGCCUCUUGUUGCUGGAAGAACAUGUUGUCUUUUGCUGUGAAAAACAACAAUCAAGCUGUCUGUUAUGGGGAAUAUCACCUCCUGCUCCUUCAUUGAACUUGUCCCUUCAAUAACAGGUUCAACCAACUCCAUGGAGUGGGAGAUUAUAUGCUCUAGGUGGCUGUCUCCAACAAUUGGUUCUUGAUUCACAACGUGGCAGGUGGGAGAUUCAAGUUCAAUCCACGAAGAUUCUCAAGGUUUGGAUUCCUCACUUGUUCCUCUAUAGGAGUAAGAUGGAUUGAAGAGGCAGGCAUGUAGAAUAUGCAAAUUGUAAGGAAGAUGAUGUAAAUAUUAAAUUAUUAGAUGUUAA